AUGGCGAACAAUUCUGCUGCUGCAAAUGGAGACCACCAAGUAACCAAGAAGCCUCCCCCAACUCCAUCCCCAUUGAGAUUCUCAAAGUUUUUUCAGCCAAACAUGAGAAUUUUGGUCACUGGAGGUGCUGGAUUCAUAGGUUCUCACUUGGUUGACAAGUUGAUGGAAAAUGAAAAGAAUGAGGUUAUCGUUGCUGAUAAUUUCUUCACCGGUUCAAAAGAUAAUUUGAAGAAGUGGAUUGGUCACCCAAGAUUUGAGCUCAUUCGUCAUGAUGUCACAGAGCCAUUGUUGGUUGAGGUUGAUCAGAUAUAUCAUCUUGCUUGCCCUGCAUCUCCAAUAUUUUACAAAUACAAUCCUGUCAAGACAAUAAAGACAAAUGUUAUUGGUACUCUUAACAUGCUUGGGCUUGCCAAGCGAGUCGGAGCACGGAUUUUGCUGACAUCAACUUCAGAGGUGUAUGGUGAUCCUCUUGUUCAUCCACAACCUGAAAGCUACUGGGGGAAUGUUAAUCCAAUCGGAGUUAGGAGUUGCUAUGAUGAAGGAAAGCGAGUUGCUGAAACUUUGAUGUUUGAUUAUCACCGCCAGCAUGGGAUAGAAAUACGCAUUGCUAGGAUAUUCAACACAUAUGGGCCUCGCAUGAACAUUGAUGAUGGGCGUGUUGUAAGCAAUUUUAUUGCCCAAGCACUUCGAGAUGAACCUUUGACAGUCCAGCUUCCUGGAACUCAGACCCGUAGUUUCUGCUAUGUUUCUGAUAUGGUUGAUGGCCUUAUUCGACUCAUGGAAGGAGAACAUACAGGACCAAUCAACAUUGGGAAUCCAGGUGAAUUUACCAUGCUUGAAUUAGCAGAGACUGUGAAAGAGCUUAUCAAUCCAAAUGUGGAAAUAAAAAAGGUGGAGAACACACCCGAUGAUCCACGCCAAAGAAAACCUGACAUCACAAAGGCAAAAGAACUACUGGGAUGGGAGCCAAAAAUCCGGCUGCGCGAUGGCCUUCCCCUCAUGGAGGAAGAUUUUAGGUUGAGGCUUGGUGUCGCUAAGAAGAAAUGA